AUGGCUGCCUUUUUAAAAAAGCCCUUGAAGCUGGCCCUGGUCCAACUUGCCUCUGGCGCGGACAAGACCGUCAACCUGAGCCAUGCUCGCAGCAAAGUCCUCGAGGCCGCGCAGGCUGGCGCACGUCUGAUCGUACUUCCAGAGUGCUUCAACUCUCCCUACGGCACCAAUUUCUUCCCCAAAUACGCCGAGACCCUUCAUCCCUCCCCGCCAACCAAGGAACAAUCCCCCUCCUUCCACGCUCUCUCGGCCAUCGCCGCCGAGGCCAACGCUUACCUGAUCGGCGGUAGUAUUCCUGAGCUCGAACCGUCUACGAAGAAAUAUUACAAUACCUCUCUGGUGUUCUCGCCGACUGGCUCAUUGAUCGGUUCGCACCGGAAAACACACCUUUUCGAUAUCGAUAUCCCCGGUAAAAUCGCCUUUAAGGAGAGCGAUGUUUUAUCGCCGGGCAAUGAACUGACUGUGAUUGAUCUUCCUGAAUACGGAAAGAUUGGUCUGGCUAUUUGCUACGAUAUUCGGUUCCCGGAGGCUGCUAUGAUCGCUGCUCGUAAGGGCGCUUUCUUGCUCGUUUACCCCGGCGCGUUCAAUACAACUACGGGUCCUCUUCAUUGGUCGUUGCUUGGCCGUGCUCGUGCAGUGGAUAAUCAGUCUUACGUGGCGUUGUGUAGUCCUUCGCGGGAUUUGGAUGCAUCAUACCAUGCCUACGGUCAUAGCUUGAUUAUUGAUCCCAGUGCUAAGGUUUUGACCGAGGCGGAGGAAAAGGAGACUAUCCUUUAUUCUGAUUUGGAUAACGAUACCAUUGUGAAUAUUCGGAAGAGCAUUCCUAUCUAUACCCAGCGACGAUUUGACGUAUAUCCUGAUGUGAGUGGGGAGGGAUCGCAAUGA